AUGCACCCUUUUACCUGCUCUGAAGAAUCGAAUCAUGUCAGGAUGUGUAAUGCCUCCUUAUACCAUAUCAACAAAGGUCUGCAGAUAGAUCAAAUUGCUUAUUUUUACAAUGUCAGCAUAACCCAGAUAACUCCAAUCUUGAAUGGAGAUAGAAAAGACUAUAUAAUAAUGGUUCCAUGUUCUUGCGAAAAUGUCAAUGGCACCAAAGCAUACUUUUAUGAUGCAAUCUAUCAAGUGAAAGAAAAUGACACAUUUCUGAAUGUUUCAGAUCAGAUGUACAGCGGGCAAGCUUGGGAAGUUGGAAAUGAAAGUAGUACUUUUAUUACAGGAUAUCAAGUUCCUAUGCAUCUUCUGUGUGGUUGUGUAGAAAGUGAGUCCCAAAUUGUCGUAACAUAUACUAUUGAGCAACAAGACACAUUAUCAGAUAUUGCUAGCAGAUUAUCAUCUACUACAAGUGGCAUACUGGACAUGAACAGUUUUGUGAUAAAAGAUCCAAACUUCUUAAGACCUGAUUGGGUCCUGUUUGUGCCUAAGGAGAUCAAUGGCAUUCCAACUCCAAAUACAGGUGGAAAAAGGCAGAAGUGGGCCAUUAUCAUCAGCAUACUAUCAGUUGUGACGUUACUUCUAAUGAUCACAGUGAUAAUAAUCGUUCUCAGGAUGAAGAUAUCUCAACCAAACAAUAAGGAAGACCCAAAAGCACUAUCUAAAAGCAUGAGUACUAUAAGAGGACACUCCUUGCAGAAUUCGUUCAGCAAGAAAAGUAAAAGGGAGAUAGCACUCACAAUAAAGUUACAUUCUACAGAUGGAACAGCUUUUGAAUCAGAAAAACCAGUCAUAUACAGUCCAGAAGAGAUUGAAGAAGCUACGAAUAACUUUGAUGAAUCUAGGAAAAUUGGAGCAGGUGGAUACGGGAGUGUUUACUUUGGAGAACUAGCGGGGCAGGAGGUUGCAAUAAAGAAGAUGAAAUCAAAUAAAUCCAAAGAGUUCUUUGCCGAGCUUAAAGUCUUGUGUAGAAUCCAUCACAUAAAUGUGGUGGAGCUAUUGGGGUACGCCAGCGGCGACGACCAUCUUUACUUGGUUUACGAGUACAUUCAAAAUGGAUCACUUAGUGAUCAUCUUCAUGAUCCAUUGCUUAAAGGUUAUCAGGCCCUCUCUUGGACAGCAAGAACACAGAUAGCAGUGGAUGCUGCGAAGGGAAUUGAAUAUAUUCACGACCACACAAAAACACGCUAUGUGCAUCGAGAUAUAAAGAGCAGUAACAUUCUGCUAGAUGAAGGAUUACGAGCGAAGGUUGCAGAUUUUGGGUUGGCAAAGCUUGUUGAACGAACAAAUGAUGAAGAUCUAAUUGCGACACGACUGGUUGGGACACCAGGCUAUCUUCCUCCAGAAUCUGUUAAGGAGCUACAGGUGACCACAAAAACUGAUGUAUUUGCAUUUGGAGUAGUUCUGGCGGAGCUGAUAACAGGCCAACGUGCACUUGUUCGUGACAACUGGGAGCCUACAAAGACGAGAUCACUAAUUACAGUGGUUUACAAAAUAUUUGAAGAUGAUGAUCCAGAGACCGCCUUGGAAAAUUCUGUAGAUAGAAAUCUUCAGGGCAGCUUCCCUGUAGAGGAUGUUUACAAGAUGGCAGAAAUUGCAGAAUGGUGUUUGAAUGAAGACCCAAUCAACAGGCCAGAAAUGAGAGAUAUUGUUCCAAAUCUAUCUAAAAUCAUGACUUCCUCAGUAGAGUGGGAAGCAUCCUUAGGAGGGAACAGCACAGUUUUUAGUGGGAUAUAUAAUGGAAGAUAGAGAAAUACAAUUUCAAGGUCUGUGUUUGAUUUGAG